AUGGUUGGUGAUACAGAAAUGUCAUCAGAUCAGGUGCCAGACAAGAAGCCCACAGCCAGGCGUCCGCGGAAGCAGAGCAACCCUAGGCCCACUUUAUCGCCAGAUACACCAUGGGAUUAUCCCAAUACUAUUGUGAAACAAGAACCGAUGGAGGAUACCAGAACUGAUUCCGGGGUAUCUGAAAACGACUACCCAUCAGCAUCACCCGAAAGCGACAGAAGCUCGCAAGUUCACGCAUAUCACAAUAAUAAUCUAUCCAUGCCAUCAACUUCCGCAGCCAAUGAAUCAUCAAUGAACAACAUGGAUCUGUCGAGUCAACACCUCGAAAAUUCUAGUAAUAAUGACCAAGCAGACAUUAACCAAAUCAAAUUCAAUUCAAAUGGAAAAGGCAAAGAGCACAAGUGCAAACACUGUCCAUAUGUUGCUAUUACCAAAGAGGACUAUUGGGAACAUUUAAGAAUCCACAUUGAAAAAGAAAAAUUGUUAACGUGUAAGACGUGCCCAUUUGUGACUAAAUAUAAACACCAUAUGGAUUAUCACAUUAACAAUCACAAGGGAAUCAAGCCUCACCAUUGUGAUUCUUGCAACUAUAGCAGUUUAACACUAUCUAUGUUACAAUCGCACAAGAAAACACACUGGGAAAUUUACCCGUACCGAUGUGCAGAUUGUCCUUACGGAACAAAACAUCUCCAUACAUUCAAGAUGCAUUUACGAAAAAAAGGGCAUCAGCCUGGGGUGGUACUCAACCCUGACGGUACGCCUAAUCCAGAACCAGUCAUCGACGUCUACGGAACCAGACGCGGUCCUAGAUCGAAGAGACCCUCACUCCCAUCCACAAUUUCGGUUUUACCAAAAUCACCGUCGCCCAAAUCACAGCAUCCGUAUGCAUCAUCUUUACCAUGCAAUCCAGUUCCUAGAAUGGUACCUUUUCCUUUGCCACUGCUGCCCGCUUUCCCACUCGCCUUACCCAAUCCAGAACUGCUCCAAAAUAUUCAGUUUAUUAGAGAAAAUUUCGAACAAUGGGUUAUACAAAAUGAUAAGAAAUCUGAAAUCGAAGAGGGUGUUCUGGAUUUGAGUAAACCACCCAGCAGGUGUUCAGAAUUUGACAGUGAAGAAGAGGAACCAAUGAGUACCGCGUUUGCUAACGUCGAAGUUGUCGAUGAUGUCCAUGACUCUAAUAUUACAGAAACGUAUAAUAAGGAUCAGAACGAGAACAACGAUCGAUGCGCUGAAAAUAGACAAUAUGGAUUCCAUUGUCAUUACUGUAAGAUUGGAUUUAGCGAGGAGGUAUUGUUUAGAAUUCACAUCGGUUUUCACGGUGUCAACAACCCAUUCGCAUGUAGUAUAUGCGGGGAAGAAUGUGAAAAUAGCGUUUAUUUCUUCCUGCACAUUGCUAAAUAUUCACACUAAAUCAAGUUAAGCCGGUAGACUGUCGAAUUUAUUUAUUUUACAUAGUUUAAAAAUUAGGCGGUGAAUACGUUCGGUCUGAAUUCGUUACAUAAUAAAAUUA